AUGAAAAAUGUAACCGAUUCUUUUGUUUACUUGGUAGGGCACUAUCCAUUCGCUGGAAGUUUCGCAUUUAAUACCGAUAUUUUAGCAACAAAUCCAAUAAAUCUGAGUAUAGUGCUUGGUGUAUUGAUUUUUUUUGGAAAGGGAGUGUUAAAUGAUUUAUUAGAUAAUCGAAAACAGAGGAUCUUGAGUACUAUUCAAAAUUCGGAAGAAUUGCGUAAAAAGACCGUUGAGCAACUCGAAAGAGCUCGAGAUCGCUUACGCAAAGUGGAAAUAGAAGCAGAUGAGUAUCGAAUUAAUGGAUACUCUGAGAUAGAACGAGAAAAAACAAAUUUGAUUAAUGCUACUUAUGAUAGUUUGGAACGAUUAGAAAAUUACAAAAAUGAAACCCUUCAUUUUGAACAACAAAGAGCGAUUAAUAAAGUACGACAACGAGUUUUUCAGGAAGCCUUACAAGGAGCUCUAGGAACUCUGAAUAGUUGUUUGAAUAGUGAUUUACAUUUCCGUACAAUCAGUGCGAAUAUUGGCAUCCUCGGAGCCAUGGAAGAAAUAACCGAUUAA